AUACUAUAUCGUGAGAAAUAAUGGUGAUGUCAUAACAAUGACUACAGACGUCGUGCACAAAAUGUGAUGCAUUCAUAAGGCCCUUUGAUCCGUUGAUUAUUGACGCUCCAGUCAUACCCUCUGAUAACUGUGUAUGUUACCGUACGUCUGAACAAACACGACAAAUCACCAGCAGUGUUAAUAUAUAGUUCGUCCUUCAUCGACCGGGAGUCAGCCGAAUAAACCAAUGAAUUGGUACCACCCUAGUAUGGCGUACCUGUUUAAUUGGUUUUGACCAAUCAUACGUCCGUGUGAUACUGGACAUUGUGUCGGUCUGGCUUCCUGGACGAUAAAACAGAUGUACCAGUCACGGGUGUAUGCAAGAAUAUAGAGUUUUUUAAUCUGUGUUUUGUCACUGAUAAUUUUAUCAGCAUCAUCAUCAUUGGAAAAUAGCAGAACAAUGGCCAUUAUCUUGCUGACCGCAUAUAUGAUAUAACUGCGCAGCACGUGGAUUAAGGUAUAAAAAGAUAGCCCAUCACUAUGACGGCGGUGCAACCUGCACUCCUACAUCGCUCAGAGUUUGUUGUUGAUGUCGGAGAGAGCGAUGAGAGCGCCGACACAGUGUCGUCUGCUCAAACAUAUAAACACUCAGUGACAGAGCCGUUCGUCCAGACUCAUCCCGUUACUAGUUUACGGGUCGAAACCAACUCACAGUCUUCGUCAUCUGGUGAUCUGCAGGAUACCGAACAAGCGAAAGCAGAAUCAGAAGACCAACAUUCAACAGAAACAAACUUCCUUGUGAGUCCGGCACCGGACAUUGAUAAAUCAUCGGUAGAAUCAAGUCAUAAUUCACACCCGGACAACAUGGCGUCAGCCUUUCCAGAACAUUCUUUAAGUGGAAGGACGACAAUGACUUUUCCAAAUCAGUUGCCUGAUGUGUAUGAAAAUUCAUGUGAAAUAAAUCGUCAGCCAGCAGAUUGGCAAUGGACAGAGGGAAACUCCAAACCCGAGUACAACAAACUUCACAGCACAGACACACGCCAGACAGGCCAAAACUCAAACUUCACUACUAGUAACACUGCCACCUCAUACGGUACCUCGCGUCAGUCCACUGACCCAACAUGUAAACUCAGUGUAAAAGAGCAAUCAAAGGUAGAGAGGGAGUUCACAAAGAAACAGCGCCAGGACACGAACCCUUCCAAACUUGUUGUGGUGUUUAAAUGGAUGGCGACAGUUUUCAUGGGAUUACUAGGGUUAGUGUGUCUGAUAGGAAGCAGGGUUUCCUUCGUAGCCAUAGCAGUAAGAUUACAGCUCCCUGACAACCCUGAAAACGACUCGUACGCCUUCACGUUGGUUACAAUGAUUCUCCUCAUCCCCAAUCUCUUCAAUCUACUGAGGUCUAUGUGGAUGGGACUGACUCGUAAAGACAUGCCAUGGCCCAGCAAGAGAUCCAUUAUUUGGAUUGUCGGCACUAGUGUUGUGGAGUCUUUCGGAAUAUGUCUAUUUGCAUUCAAAAUAUUCGGCCUACAGUUCGGGGUGACUGGUAUUGCCGUGAGUGGGUCUGUAUAUCUCGCCCCAAUGAUUUACAUGAUAUAUCGUCGUAGACGAAGUGGACAACCAUAUUCUGUAGCAGUUAGCUGUGGAAUAGGAGCUGUACUCCUUAUGAUCGUUGUCAGUAUGGCGGUAUGGAGGGCAAUCAGUAUCGGCAUCAAGGACAAGAAAGAUAUCUGGCACUUUGGUGCCGCCAUACUUUGUUUGACAGUCACGUGGAUUCCAAAGGUCCAAAAACGUCUAAUUUCUCUCUCCACUUCCUCAGGUGGUUCAGUUGCAAGUACCACAGCGUAUACACAGGGAGAAGCAGACGACAGCGGAACGUAUGAAAACCAUGUUGAGAGUGAGAGGUUUCAAGCAUCUCAACAACUUGAAAACGUAGUUGAAAACACACAGAAUGUUUUAGUGAACAAGGAAACGCAGUCUUUCUGGAAGUCUGGUAUCAUCAUGUCCGCUUGUCGAAUACCUGCUAUCAUUGUAUUCUCCGUUGUUCUUUACUACUUUGACACAGAUAAAUCCUUUACUGGAGGAGCGUUAGCCUCGUUCCGGGAAUCCUGGAACUACCUCACAUCGGAUACCGUAGCCUUCCGUAUGUUUAUUACCAACAUCAUAUGUACAUUAGUAGGCUAUUUCCUAUCCUUGGUAGCGUGUAGAAUCAACAUGCAGAGAGGGGCGUUCGUUCUGCCUCUAGCGCUUUCUACUCCGGGUGUUAUGGCGAUCCUUUCGGGAUUUUGCUCGAGUAGCUAUUUCUCCGUAGACGGAAUGAACGAAAACGUAUGUGCCUCGGACGAAAUCCAGUACGUUGUUGCAUGCAGUGUGUUGCUCUUUGUCUCUGUGUGUCUUUCUUUCGGCUGGAUCAUCUGGACCACAGGCACCAUCAUCAUGUGUUCAGAAUCCGAGGUUUUUUGGUCCCCUACCUACCCUGGUGUAAUGCUACACGAGUGGCUACUGGUAUCACGGCGUAACAGACUGACAGAGGACCAGGAUUCAGCCCCACGUGUCGUACAGAAAACUAUAGUCUACAUCUGUACCACUAUGUAUCGUGAGACCAGGGAUGAAAUGCAACAGUUACUUAAGUCUAUCGCCCGGGUGAAGGACGCCAAGGCUCAUUCCGACAAGUAUUUUGAAUCGCACGUGUUUUUUGAUGGAGGAGUAAAGGAGAAGACCCCGACAGACUUCGCUUUACAGCUUGUCAGUCUGCUGCCGGAAACCCUGGGGAUAGAACCUAUGAUGUGUACCAGAUCUAUGACCGCGUACGGGAUGAAGCUCUCCUGGCAACUGUUAGCGUCCGGUGAGAGGCGUCAAGCACGUGGCAUGACAUUUACAAUUCACCUAAAGGACAACAGAAAGGUGAAAAACAAGAAACGAUGGAGUCAGAUCAUGUACAUGUCGUACGUCCUCGACUUUCUCGUCAAGCAGUACAUCGACUCGUCAGGUAACCCACAGGUUGACGAUAACAACGCCUUCAUCCUCACCACUGACGCGGAUGUCAAUUUCACACCGGCAUCUGUGGAGGCUUUACUUGAUCUCAUGACCCGGGACCGAUCAGUCGGAGCGGUAUGCGCACGCACACACCCUGUCGGAUUCGGUCCUCUGGUAUGGUACCAGAAAUUUGAAUACGCCAUCGGUCAUUGGUUCCAAAAGGCUGCCGAGCACGUGUUGGGAUCGGUGCUUUGUGCCCCUGGCUGUUUCAGUGUGUACCGAGUUAGUGCUGUACGUGAUAUCGUCUCUACAUACUCCUCCAACGUAGAGAAGGCGUUUGAGUUCCUCACCAAGGAUAUGGGCGAGGAUCGCUGGUUCUGUACCUUACUGGUGCAAAGUGGCUGGAGAAUAGAAUACUGUGCCGCAUCAGAGAAUGAAACUCAGUGUCCGGAGGAGUUUGAGGAAUUCUACAAACAGAGACGGCGUUGGAUCGCGUCCACCAUCGCCAACCUGCUGCUCCUGGUGCGUGAGUGGAAGAUCAUCAGCAAGUUCAACCAACGAGUAUCGCUCCUCUUCACCAUAUACCAAGGACUGCUUCUCUUCUCGACGUUGAUUGGUCCGAGUGUCGUUAUCCUGGUUGUCUCGGGCGGUCUUGUGUACGCCUGGAAUGUGAGCAGUGUGACGACCAUCAUACUACAGUGUCUGACCUGUGUAGGAUUCACAAUCAUCUGUCUCUACUUCUCUCAAACAACACAGAUGAAGGCCGCCAAAAUACUAACAUUUCUGUACGCAUGCGUCAUGAUGGCUGUUGCCGUGGGAACAGCUCAGCAGGUGGUCCAGGACCUUACAACAAACGACGACGGUACCAGUAGCAGUGAGGUUGUCACCAUCAGUCCGUCCGACUUCAGUGUGGACCUGCCAUAUUCCUUGACCACCUUGUACUUGGGAAGCCUCAUCUCGAUUUUCUUAGUCGCUGGUAUACUUCACCUUCGAGAGUUUACGUGCCUCAUCCACGGCUUCUGGUACCUGAUAUGUUUACCUUCGGGAUACCUCAUCCUCAACAUAUACAGUGUGUGUAACAUCACGGAUAGAUCGUGGGGUACUCGGGAGGAAAAAGAAAAGUCAGUAGUCAAAGAUACAAGACCUUGGUAUGAAAUAGUUGGAGAAACAAUCCAAAAGGUUUUUCUUUGUUGCCAGUGGACAGCUAAACAAACUCCCAGUGACUCAGCACCCGGUCCCGUCCGCGUCCGACACACUUCAAUGUCAGAAAGCCACCCCAAAUCAAAAGGAAGUGCUGGAGACCUCCCUAAAACAGUGAUUGAGGAAAAGGACAAUCACCCUGAAGACGAUCUUCAGCACAGUAUGACGCACGAGGAACCGAUACAGGAGGCGGAGGAUAGCUACUUUGAGGACGAUGUGAUGCCACAACUCUUGGAGGAGUGGCUGGACAAUGAUUUCAAGGAUUACAUCCCCCUGUUCAAGAAGCACGGCUUUGACAGUACGCUGUUUAUCAGUGCCAUGAAGGAGAAGGACCUGGUGGCUAUUGGAAUCAAGCAGAAGGCCCACGUCACAUACCUGAUGGACCAAAUCACAGCACUCCCAGACUUCCGCAUUGAAGUCAAUGUCCCGGAGAAUGUACGUGAUUGGCUCCGAGAUAUCGGAUUAGAACAGUACUACGGGGUGUUCAAGUCCAGCAAAAUCACAGCAUCAAAAGAUCUGGAAAUCCUGAAGUCAUUUUCACGGAAAGAAAUCGAAUCCGAGCUAAAAAUCACCAAGGCGGGUCACGUGGCCAGACUGCUGAUGGCCAUAAAACACCUGAGGAAUCCGACUGAUGAGGAACUGAAGCGGAUAGAGGUGAAGAAGCAACUCAGCUCCACCGAGUGUUAUGAGAUAGAACAGAUAAACCAAGAGGAGAACUUUUUCUGGAGGGAACUCACGGACGCAUGUCUCAAACCAGGCUCCAUCGCCUUCGGCCACAACGAGGAACUCAAAGAGAAACUUGGUGAAUUGAGAAACAACUUUCUGGGGAUAUCCGCCGUCGCUAACACGUUAUGGCUGAUCCUCCUCACAACUCUGGCUUCUAAGAGUGAGCUCAAAGUGAGCGGCACGGAUCCUGUCGGAUUGGUUUUCCUGACAAUUUUCGGAUUUCUCCUCGUGCUGCAGUUUUUGUGUAUGCUGGUUCACCGACUGUCGACAUUUGGACAUUUUUGUGCGCGCGCACCCUACAGAUUUGGUCAUCAGUACAACAGUUCAUGGCGAUUUUCAGAUCGUAGCCUCGGUUUGAGUUUGAGUGACGAAGACAGACAGGCUCUCAUUGAUGCUAAGGAAGGCGAUAAGAAAAUCAAAGCUCGUCUGGUGGCCCGGAAACGAAACAAAAAGAGGCAAAAUGUAUCUAUAUUGGAUGAAACACAACAUUUACUCAAAGAUCCGCAUCAUACGUCAUACUUAUAGACGUCGAUAAGUAAUACAAUAUUUGUUUAUGUGACCUGUAUCUCGUACGGCGGUUUCCGGACAAUAACUGUCGCCUGGGGGUGAACACAUGAUAUUAUUUGUGCACAUGGUCAUCAUGAGGAAGACAUGUUUGUGAUUGCUUUUCAGGUAAGCAGGUCAACGAUCACGUGAAUUGUUUCUAACAAUAUUGGUUAACAUUCAUUAAAUUUUUGUUUUGUUCAUAUAGAACGAUCAUGUUCAUGUGGUUUCAUGUGUUCCUUUGAAUAAUGGAUACUUGAUAUUAUAGUAAGUUAAAGCAGACGUGAUUUCCUGUUACUAAAAAUAGAAUGUUUAUUUUCGUGCAAUAUUUUCAUACCUUGGGAGCGACCAUGUAUAUUAUUGGUAAAUUGUUUAGUUUGGAAAAAGGGAAACUUUUGACUGAUUUCCGAUACAGAAGUUCAGGGUGAUUUGGGCAGUUACUAAAACAGAAUUUAGUUUCCGGGCAACAGCUGCCGACCGGCGUGUUCGGAGGUGAUCAGGCCAACACUGUCCACACAAUUGUGUAGUAGCGGAUCGGUACCAUUUCAUCCUUCAGCCCUUUCGUCUUUAGCCCUCAAAGGCCUUUCUCUAAGGUUUCAUGAUUAAAUAUCAACGGAUGACAGGACGAAAGGAUGACAUUUGUUCGCGAAAGGAUGGUGAUCAAAUUGAAAAUGAAAUCAAAAGUGCAAGAAUUGGAAAGUGUUGAGUUUCUUUCUUUCCGCAUUGAAAGGAUGAACGGAAGAAAAGGCAAAAACAAACCACCGUGUAUGCUUGUCAUUGCUUUGAACUAAAUCAAAUGUCGUGAGAUCUGUCAUUGAAAUUAGUGUCGUGUAAAAAGCCAUAAUACCAAAAGCAUUACUGAUGAAGGUUAUCAUGCCCUUAUUUGGUGUGUUGUUUGGUAAGCAUUACUGAUGAAGAUUAUCAUGCCGUUAUUUGGUGUGUUGUUUGGUAAGCAUUACUGAUGAAGGUUAUCAUGCCGUUAUUUGGUGUGUUUUUGGUAAGCAUUACUGAUGAAGGUUAUCAUGCCCAUAUUUGGUGUGUCGUUUGUUUUAAAGACAAGAAUUUCUUUGGUUCAUAUGUUGACUAUGAGGAGGGGAUGCUUUCUAUUACGUUAGAGUGAAGAAGGUCAAAUAUGUGAUUUGUAUGCAAAUAUAGAAUUUUUGUUCCCAUGAAAUAACUUAUUUCGUUGAAAGCGAACAUGUCAUGUUUGGUAUAUUGUUUGUUAUGAAGAGAGAGGAUGUUUUUAUUGAUUUUGAUGUCAGUAUGUCAAAGAUUGCGGUAUGUAUUACUUACCCUAACCGUAUAACUUAAAAAUAGAAUUUCGGUUCCCGGUACUGCCUUGUCUUCCAGCAGUUUUUUUAUAUAUAUUUAAAAAGAAUGUUAAGCUUUGCUGUUUGAGGUUCAACACUUGUCAUAGUUGUCUAGAUUUAUAAAUAGAUGCCUGACAAAGGCUUCAUAUCAUUGUCCUACUGAACAGGUUUAACAUGAUACUUUUACAGUAAGAACGCUAUUCGCAAGAUAGUAAAACCCCAAAGUGCUGACCAAGGAGGGGGCAUACAUACCAAUGUUCUAGGGCAGGGACAACGAACUUAUAAACCAUUUGCUGAUUGGUUGAUUUGGUUCUGCGAGUCAAGUUGUUAGAGUCGUCUUUGAUAUGAUGAUUAAAUUGUGCGAGUGGUUUUUGCGACUUAUUGGUUGAUUCAAUUCUGCUAGUCUUUGCUGAUUGGUUGAUUUAAUUGCGAGUCGUUUGUGAUUGGUUGAUUUAAUUUUGUGCAAGUCGUUUUUGAUUUGAUAAUACAUUUAAGUUGUGAGAGUCGUUUUUGAUUUGAUGAUUAAGUUGUGAAAGUGGUUUUUGAUUUGAUGAUUAAGUUGUGGGAGUCGUUUUUGAUUUGAUGACUAAGUUGUGAGAAACGUUUUUGAUUUGAUAAUUAAGUUGUGCGAGUCGUUUUUGCGACUUAUCUGCGUUUGGUCAAAUCAAUAGGGCGAGUCCGUUCCUUGCAGGGAGAUAUUCUGUUUUAUUUACUAUAUUUAUGUGCCAGAUGAAAAAGCCAGGGACCGUCCUCAGUCUUCCAUUAUUUAACAUUAAAUUUAUAAAACAAAGGAAUUGAUGUUCAUACAACGUAAAAUUACAAUAUUUGCCGUGGUUUUAUGACUCACUAUGAUGAUCGAGCGGUAUGCCGUUAACAAUCAAAUUAGCGUAUGCAUGGGUCCAUUUUUAUUUGAUGUCCAGAACUAAAAAUUGUUUUUAUUUAUUUA